AUGAACGAGUAUAAAUGUGAGCAUUGUGAUCAAAGUUUUGCAAAUGGAAGCAACUUACGUAGACACAGGCGCACAUUUCAUCUGGACAAGAAAACCCAUGAAUGUACACAAUGUAGCAAGAAAUUUGCAAGGUCAGAUAGUCUGAGUCGUCACAUUUUUCGCCAUAACAACCAAGCCGAAAAAUACACAUGCGACGUAAAUGGAUGUAAGAGGGCCUUCACUCAACUCCAAAAGUUGGAGGAGCAUCGCAGCGAUCAUAUUAGAAAAUUAUCGGAGGACAUAAUCUUAAUUAAGGGCUACACUGUCUCAAAAGUCAAUGAAGAUGAAUCCACAACUUUUGUUUGUCCGAUUGGAAGUUGUUCGAAAGCAUAUACAUCUUAUGCUGGCAUAGCUAAGCAUAUAACUCUUCAUGAAGAGCCUGAAAGAAGAUUUACGUUUAAAUCAAAGGUAUACACGUGUGAAGAUUGUGGCAAGACCUUUGACAAGAAUAAACGUCUUCUAGUGCACAAAGAUGUAAGCAAUAAUCUAACCCAUACAUCCACUCUAGAAAUACCAUAA